AUGUCAGCGGGUUCAACGAACACAUCCACACAACCUGAACAAAAGGAUCUAGAUCAGGAAAAUGUUACAGCAGGCGUAGCCGAGCUUAGUGUGAAGCCUAAGAAGAAACAACGAAAGGAACAAACUGAGGAGGAGUUUGAAGCACAAAAGGCACAAUUUGCCGCCACAGGGCCCCAGAUAAAUACACAAGACUGGCUUUUUGACCAGGCCCUUCUAGACAAGCUAGACAAUCUGAAAAAGACCGACAGGGUCCACAUGCUCCAUGCUUGUGAAAGAGCGUACUACCUCAGGGACUAUUCGAAGUGCAUGGAGCUCAUAGGCCAAGCCGAGAAGCUUUUCGGUGUGGAGCUUGAGGAUUCAUCAAAGAACGAAGAUAUCAAACUGGACUUCGCUGAUGCUGGCAAGAAGACCAAAAAGUCACUGAAGGUGGAGCGCCACGUCGUCGACCUUUUGCAUAUCAAGGAGGCUUGUCGAAGGAAGCAACAAGAAGCUUCAAAAUAG